GUCCGUAAAACUUACUUCGGCGCAAGAGGUACACUAAACCAAGUGAUUUACGCGCUCAGCUAUCUCAAUUUGUCCCCUGGACCCCGAACUCGCACAAAGACGCCAUGGCCCCGAAGUUUAACGACGACGUUCUGCUUCAGAUCAGCUCGGUCGGCACCUGCGCCUGGGGCGUUGUCGGCUUAGCUGGCCUGGAACAGACCCACAAGGCCUUUUUCACGGACAAGCGGGAGAACAACCCUGAGAUGUCGCGCUACUGGGGAGACGCGUGCGCGAUGGCUGGCGCGAGUGGCUUCCUCGUUGCGCGCUCGGACGACAAGCAGCUGAAGAAGGACACAAUGAAGGUGCACGGUGCGGCCUGGGUUGCCUGCGGUGCCCUCAGCGCCUACAACUCCUACAAGGGCACGCAGCGCAAGGAGAUCGGCUACUCCAACGGCGCCGUCAGCGCGGCCCUAGGCGGUCUGCUCCUGGCGCGCGGCUUCUGGAAGGACGACAAGGACAAGAAGAAGGCCGACAAGAAGGCCACCACCACCACCACCACCACUACCGCUACCACCAAGAAGUAGUGAGCGCCGGCUGGAGAUUGGUUCUGCCGCCGAGCGGCCGAGGCGUGUGUUUCAAAUGCUAUCCUUGCUCUAGCUCAUUCCUUGAAGCUGAACCUUUUGUACUUUUGAGCUACGCAUGCUUUCUUUGGCAGUUGGGCUCGUUGAUAAUACGGUACAUACAGUGCCCGCCUCUUCCCCGUCCACCCAAACACUUUGCAUGGUUUGUGGGCACCUUAAAUCGUAAGUUUUCGUGAUAUCACACGCAUUGGGCGCAUGAAUGUGCACAAUGCCCCACAUACGGUAGGCGUAGAAUGUCUUUCUACAUUGGAUAUUGGCACGCCGUACUGCACAUACACAGACCUCAUGCGUUUUGGCGUCAAUAACGUGCAUGGCUGGCUUCGUGUAAGACCCAAUCGCGGCCUGCUAGUAUGCCAAUCAUGCCC